AGUGUUUAUAGUAAUUGUUGUACAUGAAGCAUAUAGACGUCGGACAGGAACACUCCUAUAAUAGGUGUUGGACGUUCAUCCGCCCGUUCCAUCAUCCACACAUACGUUCAUGCACUUCUAACAAGUAAACCGGUGCAAGCGACCAGCUCUCCGAUGAGUCUUUCGUCUUGCUUAUUAUUCAGCACACAUUUUUGAUUCGGUAGAGUGCACUACUAUUUUGUGCGUUUCGCAUUUGAGAUCCGGCGGUAAUUGCGAACUGUCUCUGGUGUUUGGUAGCGUGCUGUAUUGCGACUGGUGUGACCGUAACGGCUAAUUGCUAGUCGUUUAUGUUCUGUUACCCCUUUUCAGCCAAGGUAAAAUGAGUGGAAAAAGCAAAAGACGGGCACCAGCGCGCCAUAACGGAGGGCGACGAGAUCAGGCGGCGUCUCAGGAAACCGGAACGGCCGCUUCUAUAUUUCCGUCGACAGUGCCGUCCGCAGAAAAGCCUUUACCUUCCCAGAACAGUAACAUCACUCCCAAGGUGGACAUCCGAAUGAUGAAACCGAUAUCGGAAUCUAUUCUUCAGUAUCGGAUCCUGCAGCAUGGUCACAAAACGGUUAAACGUGCCAGACAUAAGAAAGCGACAGAGGUUACUUUUCGAGGCGACCCAGACUACAGCCAACAAGGAGAGCAGACCCGAGUCGUCGUCGACAUUCGUGCCAACGCACCUGCAGAUUCGCUCACAUUUCCUCGAGCUUGCGCCCUAGCAGCGGUGAGCACGCUAAAAGCUCCAACUGCAGAUAGGCAGUUCCCACGAAAGAGUGAAAUCGCGAGCAUCAUUAAGUUUGGGGAGUUCUCAUUAGCACGACGUUGCUGUAUAAAUGGAGCUAGGUACCUGGGAAGGUUCAUCGCCCAGGAGGUGUCAAAAGAUCACCCGGCAUACAUUCCAGCGGUAGGUAUCCACCCUACUUACGGUUUUGAAGAUGGCGACCUCGGUGAAUGGCUCGCUGCAAUGGUUGCUAUGGAUUACGCGAAAAUGCGCAACUGUAAUGAACUUCAACACGUUGAGGCAAAACUUUCAGAGGAAUCAUCCAUUUGUUUGGAUCAGCUGUCGCAACAUCCUCUGUAUGAUUUCUACCUCAGCGAGGAUGUGGAGCCGAAAUUUCGCAAGAUUACUCUCGACGCCGUCACCUACAUGGGCUGGAGCGACGGGCGUCAACCGAUCACCUGGAGCGAGUUGAUCGAUCGAGACUGUAAAAAUAGCAUUAAACUCAGUGAGAAGGAUCGCAACCGGCUUGAAAAUGUUCUUAAGCAGAUCACACUAGCUUCUUAGAUCGCCUAAUAGAAAAAUACUGCCGAAUACUGUCAAUGUCUAUAGUUAAUUGGAUGCUAGGACCUAAACUGCGAAUAUGUAGGAUUAGAUUUUUUUGAGGUAUUGCUACCUUUAUGAUUAGAAGACGGUUGUCGAACCGUGCAAAUGGUUGUUUCUGUUCUACAGGGUCAUUUACAUCUGUGUGUUUAUUCCAUCGCUUCACUGGAUACCAACCAAAGGGUGUGCAAAGUUCGUGCGAAUGAGAAACGACGGAUAAUACAGAAUUAGUAAAAAAAAAAAAAAAAGAAAAAGGAAGCGUUGUGACAUUUGUGAACUCAUCACCUCUGCAGACGCUCUCAAACUAUUUCCAUCUCUCUGCCUGUCCACUUUCGAACACGGUACAAAUGUGAUGUAUGUGAUCGCACUGUAGAGCAGUUAUAGGUACAUAUACACAAUGACAUAAUGAUUUACUGUUACUUGUUAUGUGAUGUACUCGGCAAGUUUCUACCUUACGUCUUGAGUCAUUCGCAUAGUCACGCUAAAUAUUAGCCACAUGCUUGUUCACUUAGACGGAAUUUAUUUGCUAUUUUAAUAUCAAUAGCAAUUAUAGGAUACAGCCCCAUCCAUAUAUAUUCGCGUAAAACGGCGCCGGCCAAUCAUAGAGUCAUUAUGUGUUAAAUUGCAUUUCCAGUGUGAGACUAAUAUUUUCUUGAAGCGGAGGCUUUUUACACUCUAAACUUUACUGGUACUGCUUAUGCAACAGAGUUGAUCCAGAAGAAUUUUGAUCAAGUUUUUAUUGGAGCACAGGAGUAUCCAGAGGCAUUCUGUUAUGCGCAGUAUGAGAAAAAAUUGUUAAGGACGAUUCAAGCUUUAAUUGCUAUUUAAAUGUUGGCUUUAUGUAUUACAUAUAUGUUACAGUGGGCUAUGAGUUUUACGAUAGCAUAUACGGGCAUGUGAAUUUCAUCAACAGAAAGGUAUCUAGUGGGCGAACGAAUUUGCAACAUCCGCCUGUACGAAUUCAAUGUGCAUGGCAUGUUGUUGUAGAGAACGGCGAAGUUCAAAACACAUGAAUUGAAUUAUAUAUACUCUGCAAGAAAAAGGUGCACAUAUCUUAUGUGUGUCCCUUACUAGAGUUAGAGAGUCUGUUAGAAAUUGUUGUUAGUCAAACAAAGAAUUGAAAAGGUUUGUUCUUCUUAGAAAAAAAAACCACCGGAAGAAAGACAGUUAUAUAUGACGUUUGGUAGAACAAACGGCCUUAUCUUUAGCCGUCUGUUGAACGGGAACCGUAGCAGUCCAAAUAGAAAAUAACCAAUAAAUCAGUUAAGAAACAAGAAGACUAUACUGAGAAACCUU